AUGGCAUACCUCACUUCACGAGUCCACUCCCCACAAGGCUUCCAUCCAACCUUCACCACCUCAAUCCACUCUCCUCUCCAAUUACUGGUCUCAGGGCACAAUUUGACCAGCUCAUGCACUCUUCAUCUGCUCUACACCCUCCCACCCGGCAUCUUCGUCGACAGGCACGAGCUUGCGCUACGUCACAACCAGUACACGUUCAUUCAUUGGGGAAGCAGGGAUCUGGAGCGGCCGGUGGGUGCAGUGGAGGCGUCGGAGGUCUUGAUCAGCGUUCCAGAGCCGGGAGGCGUGGAACUUGAAAAGGACGACGGUCAGGGCGAGGUGGAGGUGAGAGUGGAGGUGCCGAUGCAUUUGCGGUAUGGUAGGCCGAGGAAGAAGGAUCAGGUGGAGGGUAGAGAAGAAAGGGAAAGGGGAGGAAAGCCGUAUCAAGAGAUAUGUGUGGAUUGGCCGAUGGCUUUCCUUUCGUGUCCACGGUGUUCAGAUACAGACUGCCUAUCCUCGCAGGUAACCCCUCCUUCACCGACGACUAUACCUCUACACGUCCUCUCCUCUCUCACAAACCAAUCGACCCACACCCUCAUCCCGAUCAACCCACAUCCCAGCUUCAACGUCACCUUCAACCACCGCAACCAUACUUGUAUAGCCCUCCUUCUACCAGUUGGUGACGCGUCGGACCUUGCACUCGUCGAAAUUCUGACGACGCUGACGAUGUUGGCGUGCUUUUUCAAGCGAAAACUGACUGAACGGCUGAGGGUCUACGACUAG